AUGGUGCUAGACAAAUUUCCCGUUGCAAAUCUCCUCGGACAGCUCGUAAGACAAAUCACGCAACCAUUGUCAAAAACUAUAGUGAAAUACGCGGAAAAGCGGCCGUUCCUGAGAAAAUACGUUCUGAUUCAAUUGGGACGUUUCUAUUAUUGGUGCGAAGACAAGAUAACACAACGAAAAAUACCGGCUGUAGCAAAAAGAAAGCCCGUUGAUGACAGUCGCACAAUGGAACUAGGAACAAAAUUAUUACUCGAGGCAUUAGUCUUUGGACUUUUGUGGAGUGUAAUCAUAUAUGAAGCACAGAAAGCUGCAGAGAAAUCGUACAUGGCUGAGCAACUGAAAAUGCAGGAGCUCAGCGACUUAGAGGCGGAGAAGAAUCGGUUGAUGCGGCGAGUUGAGAAUCAAGUAAUCUUGACAAAACAGCUCAAAGGCAUCAUUGUGGAGUACGCGAGACAAGUCGGGUGUACUUUACCGGGUGAUCCGACGGAAAAGAAAGGCGAAUAG